UUACUGUGCAGUCAAGAUAGAGCUAACGAAGAAGAACAAGAACUCUGAUUGAAAAAACAUGAGUGUCAGUGGAGAAGAGAGUAUAAGCAACUUAAUGAAGAAGAAGGGGUUGGGCUGGAUUGAAUGGUUAAGAGGAUGGUUUAAUGUGAUUUAUGAGAUGUUGUUUGAGAGAAUCAUGGCUAGUCAUCUUGAGAAUCCGAUUCCUCUUCCUCUUCUCCCCAAAGAUUUCACUUGUAUUAUCACUGCAUCUACUAGUGGAAUUGACCGUGAAAUUGCCAGAUCUUGACGGCAGCCACCUUAUUAAAACGCGGAGGAAAAGUCCAGCCAUCAAUCUGUAAUUUUUGAAUUCCAGCCAAUAUUUUGUAAAAUUUGGAAAACUACAGCCAUCAUUCUCCGCAUCACCGGCUACAAGGACAACCCAGCACUUGCAAGCUGUAAUUCUUUUCAUUUUUUUAAGAAUUCAAUUUUCAAAUUUCAAAUUAGUGUCUACAUUAGUGAUGAUUAAAUCUUUAUGUUCUUCCUCCUAAUUACAUUCAACAAAUACCAUGGUCUCCAUUAACUCCUGACAACCAUUCAUUCCUUUGUCUCCAUUCACUCCUGAUAACUAUGGUAUCCUCAAAUUAUUAUGUUUUCCUAAUUACAUUCAACAAAUACCAUGGUCUCCAUUAACUCCUGACAACCAUUCAUUCCUUUGUCUCCAUUCACUCCUGAUAACUAUGGUAUCCUCAAAUUAUUAUGUUUUCGAUUGCAAUGAUAGGCUUUACUAUGUAUUCAAACCAAGUCUCACAUGUAUACCUCAUGCAGCUUCGUCAUGCCCAACACAAGCAAGUCUCGAGACUUUUAAUCAAUGCAACAGCUAUUUAUCAUAUGAAGGUUUACAUUCCUGUAGUAGAGCACUUUGUUUAAUGACUAUUUUUAUUUGAUUCUAAAGUAUACAAAUUUGUCUGUUUGUAAGGCUUUAAGAAGAGGUUUAGUUACUAGGUUCUCACAAAAUGGCAACUCUACAACAAGAACUCCGUUGUCUAAUAUUACUAACAUUGUUGAAAACGAAACAAUUAGUCGCACAAGGUCUAAAUCUCGAAUGAGUAGGAUUAAGUUUGGAGGCACCACAAGAGGCCUUUUUCACAGAUAUGUCAUCUCAAAAUCUUCAAAAAAACAAAUAUCAGGCAGACGAUGACAUUGAGUAUUCUAUUGUUCAAGAUCCUGAGUUUUCUGAUGAAUUUGGCAGUGACUACUUAGUUGGUUAUUCCAGCACUGAUGAAAACUACAACCCUUCAAUGGAUGUAGAAUCUGAAAGUGAUGUUGUAGAGCAAAGACAAUUAAAGGCUUCCAAAGUUAUACCAAAGGAAUAUGUUAGCCUUGGUAGUCCCGAAUGUAUAUGUUCAAAAUGCAAUGCGCGCCUUUGGAAAGUUGAACGCACAAAUAAGAAUGUUACCAAAGGAAUUCUAUUAUUCUCAAUAUGCUGUAAAAAGGGUGAUCUUAGGCUUCCCCCUACUCCUCCAACUCCCGAGUACUUGCUGCAAUUGUAUAAUAACAAAGAAACCGCAGCUGACUUUCAGCGUAGCAUCUGGUUAUACAAUAUCAUGUUUUCUUUUACGUCAACUGGUGGAAAUGUUGACAACUCUAUACACAAUGGCAGAGGUCCUUAUAUUUAUAGAUUGAACGGACAGAAUCAUCAUGUCUUUAGGUAGUUAAUAUCGGAUGAUGGCCAACGACCAAAGUAUUGCCAACUCUACAUUUACGACAUCGUAAAUGAAGUGAAUAAUAGGCUACGUUGGGUCAAUGUUGAAGAUCAAAAAACUGUUAAUAAAGAUGUGAUUCAAGGACUCAUACAAAUGUUCGAUCCGACCAAUGAAUUGGUGGAUAAGUUUCGUACGACACGAGAUCGAUUAGAACAGUGUGACUUUGUUGGUUUAAAGGUGGAACUUAAAGUAUGUAAAUCACAAAGUGGUAGAGAGAAUCAUAUAUCAUCUUCUGAUGAGGUUGUUGGAAUCAUGGUUGGUACAAGCGAUAAUACAAGUCCUGAUCGUGAUAUUAUAGUUGAGCCAAAAUUUGGCGGCUUGCAAACAAUAUCAUAUAAUCAUCCAAAAUAGAUGGCUCUGCAAUACCCUCUCCUUUUUCGAAAUGGCGAGGGCGAUUACCACAAUAGAAUACUUUUCAGAGUGUAGAUGAAGGUUCUAUUAAAGAAUUUGAUAUGAUAUCAAUGAAAGACUAUUACUCUUACAG